AGUCAAUUACGUGAUUUUGACUUAUCUAUCCGAUUCCUAAGUUUCCUAACCUGAAAAUUAUAAAUAUUUAUUUUCAACAAUUUAUUAGUGAAAAUGUCUAAUAAAAAUAUGUUUAUGAAAUCGGCCUUUGUCCGAGCUCCUUUACAAAAUGGUGUUGGUCGCUACGUAUGCCAAUUGCAAAGAAUUGUUCUCAAAUUCUGUAAAAGUCACGGGGGGAGCCGCGGAAUUAGAGAUUUCAUCGAACAAGAUCUAGUCGAUUUUGCGAAACAAAACGCGAGUGUGGUCGUAUACCUAAAGCCUCGUAGACAUAGAGGACCUGUACUUGUUGCUGAGUAUUUAAAUGGGGACAGAGUCUGGAUGAAUGUGCAAAAUAAGACUCACUCGGAAAUCACAAAAUGGAUGGAAGUACUUCGUACACAGCAAGGAGACAUUUCGGGAGCUCGUCUCAGAAAAUACCAAUACACUGAUUACCCAUCUGUCCAGGGUCCUUGGACUCCUUUCACUUUCAAAGACCCAGAACUCAAUGUAGCUACAUUACCUGAUCCCAAAUUCGGUGCAAACAACAGAUUGUCCAUAUCUGCUACUGAAAAACUAAGACUUAUGUUUGAGAAGCAAGCAAUUAGUGAAAAGGAUGUUAAGACGGGAGAAUAGAUUAUUAAAUUAAUAUUAAUCUGAACAUUUUGUUUAUCACUUUUGUAUGAAAUAAUUAUAAGAAAAAGUAACAACAUUUCAAUAAAAUGGACUAUUGGU